CGCACAACUAUCACGGGCAGCACCAACGAUGAGCGCCUCCGAUGAUGACGAGUUUGGCCUUGGCGAGCUUAUGCCUCGCUCACCCUCUCCCGAGCCCAUCCCCUUCUCCUUUGCGGGAUACACGCUCCCAUCCAGCUUUAGCCUGCCGUCUGGCGAGACUGAGGUGUCUAUUCGGCUAGUGGGGAGCCACCCUCUGUGGGGCCACCAUCUGUGGAACACAGCGCGCGAGACGACCAACUACAUUCUCGCACACCCCGAGCUGACGCGUGGCAAGCGGGUGCUAGAGCUUGGCGCAGGCGGCGCGCUCCCCUCCCUCGCCUGCGCGCUGGGCGGAGCCGCGCUGGUCGCAGCGACAGACUACGCAGACGCAAGCCUGAUGGACAACAUCGCGUUCAACGUCUCCGCGAACCUGGGGAGCGGGGACGUGGGGCGGCGCGUCCAGGCGAUCGGGCACACGUGGGGCGCGGACGUCACGCCGCUCCUGCAGGCCGGCGAGGGAGGGCCGUACGACCUCGUGAUCCUCUCCGACCUCGCGUUCAACCACAGCCAGCAUGACGCACUCAUGCGUACGCUGGACGCGACGCUGAGCGCGGACGGCACCGCGCUCGUCUUCCUCACGCACCACCGCCCGCGGCUCGCCGACGCCGACAUGGCGUUCUUCCCCAACCUCGCUAAGCGCGGGUACGCGUAUGAGCGCGUCGUCGAGGAGUACACGGGCCCAAUGUUCCAGGACGACCCCGGAGACGAGCGCGUGCGCGGCACCGUGCAUGGCUUCCGGUGCUGGCGGGAUGCGAGCGCCAAGGUCGAGGAGGACGACUAGAUAUAGAGCAUGUAUAUUAUCACGGGC